AUGCAGAGGCUGUUGACUCCAGCGAAGAGGUUCUUGCAGCUGCAGAGAAUGAUGCAGGAAGCACCUGCCCUGCCUGCUCACCUCCUCCCUGCGGCCCAGCACAGGUUUUCUACCAUCCCUGCUGUCCCCGUGGCCAAAACGGAUACUUGGCCAAAGGAUGUGGGUAUCCUUGCCAUGGAGGUAUAUUUCCCAGCCCAAUAUGUGGACCAAACAGACCUGGAGAAGUAUAAUAAUGUGGAAGCAGGGAAGUACACGGUGGGCUUGGGCCAAACCCGUAUGGGCUUCUGCUCAGUCAAGGAGGACAUCAACUCCCUGUGCCUGACGGUGGUGCAGCAGCUGAUGGAGCGCACGAAGAUCCCAUGGGACUCUGUGGGCCGGCUAGAAGUUGGCACUGAGACCAUCAUUGACAAGUCCAAGGCUGUCAAAACAGUGCUCAUGGAGCUCUUCCAGGAUUCGGGCAACACUGACAUUGAGGGCAUAGAUACCACCAAUGCCUGCUAUGGUGGCACUGCCUCCCUCUUUAAUGCUGCCAACUGGAUGGAGUCCAGCUACUGGGAUGGUCGCUAUGCAUUGGUGGUCUGUGGAGACAUCGCAGUGUACCCCAGUGGCAAUGCUCGGCCGACAGGAGGCGCCGGAGCAGUGGCAAUGCUGGUUGGGCCCGAGUCCCCCCUGGUCCUUGAGAGAGGGCUCCGGGGAACCCACAUGGAGAACGCAUAUGAUUUCUACAAACCAGACGGGGCUUCGGAAUACCCAAUCGUGGACGGGAAGCUCUCCAUCCAGUGCUACAUACGGGCCUUGGACCAAUGUUACAAGGUUUACCGUCAAAAAAUUCAGAACCAGUGGAAACAAGCUGGCAUCGACCGGGCUUUCACUCUCGACGAUUUGCAGUUCAUGAUCUUCCACACGCCCUUCUGCAAGCUGGUCCAGAGGUCCCUGGCUCGCCUGAUGUACAAUGACUUCCUGUCCGCCAGCAGCGACACUCGGGCCAGCGUCUACAAGGAGCUGGAGGCCUUCAGAGGGCUGAAGCUGGAGGACACCUACAUCAACAAAGACCUGGACAAAGCUCUGCUAAAGGCCUCUCUGGACACGUUCAACAAGAAAACCAAGGCCUCCCUUUACCUCGCCACGCACAAUGGGAACACGUACACCUCGUCCCUGUAUGGGUGCCUGGCCUCUCUUCUGUCCCAGCACUCUGUCCAGGAGCUGGCCGGCUCCAGGAUCGGUGCCUUCUCCUAUGGCUCUGGCUUGGCGGCCAGUUUGUUUUCAUUCCGCGUGUCCCAGGAUGCGUCUCCAGGCUCCCCCCUGGAAAAGCUGGUGUCCAGCAUGUCAGACCUGCCCAAACGCCUUGAGUCCCGGAAGCGCAUGUCUCCUGAGGAGUUCACAGAAAUAAUGGACCAACGAGAACAUUUUUUCCACAAGGUGAAUUUCUCGCCCCCUGCUGACACAACCAGCCUUUUCCCAGGCACCUGGUACCUGGAGAGAGUGGAUGAGCUACAUCGCCGAAAGUAUGCCCGGUGUCCAGUCUGAAAGGAGUGAGUGAAAUUUUGCAGGGUUGGUGGCAAAGGUUUUCCUCCGGGGUACAGAUGCAGGUUUGGAGACCCCUGUGCACAGCCCCGGCCCGGGCAAGAAGCAGGUACAGGGGGUGGAGGUGUCCAGAACGAGACUCACUAUUCAAUGUCCAUUUUCUGCUUCUUUAAAUUCGACAGCUCCAUGGAGCGGUUCCUGGGAAAAGUACGCUAGCAGAGCUUUUGCCCACAAGUCGUGUAAAACAAACUACAACCCAUCCUUAGCUGGUAAAUAGAUCAGAUUGGACACACUCACCCCAUAAGCCGUGGCCCUGUAGGAUGACAGCCACCUCAGUGGGUCCUUCAUGCCUUCCCCUGCUGCAGUCACCGUCAAGGGCUGCAGGCUGUGGGCCAGGGGCCCUCUUUUGAAAAAGAGACUGAGAGAAGGCCUAGCCUCAGCCUCCAGCAACGUGGCAGAUCUGCUGUCUCCAGAUCCAGAUACUUGUCUAUCACUCAUUAUAGCUUUGUUUUUAUUAUUAAACUUCUGUGCCAUUAUAUCUUUAUUCUUUCUUCAGGUUUUCUGUGAAUUUCUCAAUGUUAUACCAGGUACCAAG